AUGUCAAGAUCAACAUCAUCAUCGUCUUUACCCAUCGAGCUAACAAGAGAGAUACUCUUAAAGCUACCUGCGGAAUCUAUUGUGAAAUCUCGUUACGUCUCGAAGCUCUGGUCAUCAAUCAUCACCGACGGUUACUUCACCGAUAGGUUUGAAACUCGCUCUUCAACACGGCCAAGUCUUCUAAUGUUUUUCACAAAAAGGGACAGAGUGUUCGUUUUCUCGUUUCCACAGCACAGUAAGAAUUCGAACGAGACUCGUUCGUAUUCUCAUAAAGUGGAUAGUUACCAUAUGAAAUAUCCCACAGGCUGCAACUUCUCGAUCACCGAGUCGGUCCACGGCUUGAUCUACUUUCGAGAAUCAACAAAACCCGUGAUUUGGAACCCUAGCACGAAACAGUUCUUAACCUUAACCAAACCCAUAGAGGAGUCCAUCUAUAGUGUAAUAGUCUUUCUAGGAUAUGAUCCAAUCGAGGGUAAACACAAAGUUUUGUGCAUGCCGUGUUACAAUGCUUCUGACGAGUGUCGGGUUUUAACAUUGGGAUCAGCUGAAAAAACAUGGAGAACGGUUAAAACCAGUUACAAGCAUCAAGCUUUCUACAAGUGUACUGGGAGAUGCAUCAACGGUGUUCUGUAUUAUGUAGCCUCCUAUUUUGAAGAUGAGUCGGAAAGUUACAUAGUAAUGAGUUUUGAUGUCAGAACUGAAAAGUUCGAUAUGAUAAGAUCGCUGAUAUCUUAUAAAGGCAGGUUAGCUUGUCUUGAUAGUGAUAAUCUCAUGGGAAACGAUGAUGGUAUUACAUUGUGGAUUUUGAAGGAUGCAGAGCAACAUCAAUGGUCUUAUCAACACUUUGUUACACCUUUUUCUCGGAGUUUGAAAAAGAUUUACAAACUCUAUGGUGUCAAUGAUGAUGGUGAGUUUAUUUUUGUACAAUCCACGUUUCUUAAGUCGUUUGUUAUUUUAUAUUUUGAUCCGGGGAGAUCAAGCUUGAGAAGGGUCGAGUUUAAAGGGGUCGCGGAUGAGGAGUUUAGGUUUAAGAAUGGACUUGGAAACAAACGUCUGCGUGCGCUCUUUAGUUUCCCUAAUCACGUCGAGACUCUCACGUCUUUGUAA